AAAAUAGAAAGGGAAAAAUAAAUCCUCCUACCACCUUCCUGACGAAGGCAACGCCCGCACGAGUCGCUCACCGCGCGCGAACCUUCCUCGGACUCGGGGCGUCUGUCCCCUGCCGCCGGCGAUUCGAUCGCGCGGGCGGGGCUGUCGCGUCUCGCCGCCGCCGCCGCAGCUAAGCCAGCGCGGCGAUGGAUUCGUCUCGGCCCAGGAGGGAUCCCAUCAAGUCCCGCCGCCGUCCCGACUGGAGAGAGGAGCUUAGGAGCAAUUGUCUGAAAAGAAUUAAAGAGGAGAGAGUCCAGUUUCUUUGGAAGAAAAGGAUCGAUGGGCCACUUCCUGCUAGUGACAUGAUAAAAGUCGAAUCUGCAGUCAGGGAUAUUAUCUCUGAUGAAUUACAGAAACUCAAACAGCAUGGAGAUGGAAAAGCGGAGGAAGAAGCUGAUAUGAUAUGGGAAUAUCAAGGACCACAGACAGCUAAACCUGUUGAGACUGAAAGUGAAGAUAUAUUACUUGAAAUGGAAAGACUUCUUUAUGAAGAUAUGAGAGAUGAAGCCAUUCAGAUAGAAGUGGAGGCCCUCGAUGAGGAAGAUGAAUACUUAGCUCAGGCUUUUCUUGAACAUAUGCAGUUAACUGAUAAGGAGGCAAAUGCUAAGCUCUGGUGCCCAGUUUGCAAACAAGGGGAACUACGAGAAACACAUAAUCUCGUAUAUUGUACCAUGUGUAAGCUACGCCUAGACCUUGGAGAAGAUAAGAUUAACCUGGAAUUCUUGCGAGAAAGAUUGGCUAAUGUGCAUAUGGAUCACUUGGAUAGAGGAUGCAAAUCAGCACCCAAGUUCUGUUUGCAGACUAUGUUUGAGUUGACUGCGCUCUACAUACAAUGCGAAGAAUGUAACACUUUUGAUGUCGUGAUAUAAAUAGCUACAAUGCUGAUGAAGACCAUAUUACGGAGAGAAGGGAGGAUGUCCAUACUUUCAGAAGUUCUUUCUCCCCGUUUACUGUUAGAUCAACGGCGAACUUAUCCUUGGAAGAGGAUGUACAUCAACUAGGUAGGGCUCUGUCCACUUUUUGCGUUGAGGUGAUCAAACUGUGACUCUUCCAUGUAUCUCUUUUUUGUUUGAUGUCUUUCUUCACGUAAAGGUAGAGUGCAGUGUAAUUAACCAGAUGAGCUUGGUCAAUAUUUUGUUGCCAACUUACAUGAAAGUCAGUGAACUCGCUGAACCGAUAUGGAUAUGGGCUAGAUUAUCCGUAUCCUAUGAUGCUGUGAGUUCAAUAUGGUUUUAUGGAUUUUCUUAUUCCUUUGAAGCUGAUAA